CCCGUCACACCCUUCAACGCGCCCGAAGCCGUGUCUUCAGUAAUCGCAUAUAAUGUACUAUUCUCGUAUAUAUAUGACGACCGAGUCUAUCGUUAUGGCAAUAUACCACUCUUCAUCAUUGUUCGAAAGACCCCCAAGCCUCGCUUUAAUAAGACAAGGUGCUCCACGAUCUGAGCAACCCCAGGAUCUGAACCAAAUCUCAUUUCGAAAUCAAAGACGAUGAACAUCUUGAUCGUUGGCUCAGGCAUCGCCGGCCCAGCCCUAGCCUACUGGCUCUCCAUCAACCCCAAACACAACAUCACCAUCCUAGAAAAGUCCGCCUCCCUCCAACCCCACGGGCAAAAUGUCGAUAUCCAAGGCAGCGCCGUGACCUGCAUCAAAAAGAUGGGUCUGAUGCCGCAAGUCCAGCAAUAUAACACGAAAGAGCUCGGCACUCGAUUUAUCGACUCUCAUGGAAACCCUUUCGCACCCUUCCCCAUCAAAGAAGGCGGUUCAGCAAGUCCAACCUCAGAAUACGAGAUUCUGCGCGGAGACCUUGCCAAAUUACUUCACCAAGUGACCGAAUCUCAACCCAAUGUAACCUACCUGUUCAGUACGACAAUCACGCAAAUCCUUCAAAACGACUCUUCAUGCGUCAAAGUCCUCCUUAGCGAUGGCACAACACGCACCUACGACCUGCUCAUCGCAGCAGACGGCCAAUGGUCUAAAACACGCAGCCUGGUCUUUCCACCUCAAUAUGUAGCCAUCGAACACAAAGGCAUGUACGCCGCAUACUUCACCAUACCACGACUCCCUUCCGAUGCACCAUGGUGGGACAUAUUCGUCGCAAAAGGUUCACGUACCGUCGCCACGCGUCCGGACCCUCACGGUACAACCCGUGCGAUGUUCACUUUCAUGCCGUCAACUCCUGCUCAGAAACUCGCCUGGGAGAAGGCGAGUAGAGCUGGGAGAAAAGCCCAGGAAGAACUUGUUCGCGAGGAAUUCGCGGACGCCGGGUGGGUUAGCAAGAGACUCCUUGAUGCUAUGGCUGGAGCGCCAGACUUCUACUCUCACGCUAUCAAUCAGGUCAAGAUGACACGAUGGAGUCAUGAUCGUGUGAUUUGUCUGGGUGAUGCGGCGUUUUGUCCUAGUCCGUGUACGGGUAUGGGAACGUCGCUUGCAGUGCUGGGGGCGUAUGUUUUGGCGGGUGAGCUGAGCCGUGUGGAGGAGCCUUCUUCUUCUUCUGCGACCUUCGGUGAACUUACUGCUGCGCUUACCAGCUACGAGGACAAUUUUCGACCUUUCGUGGUGCAGAGUCAGGUAAUGUCGCGCUUUGUACCGGGGUUCAUGCAUCCAGGCCCGGCUUGGAAAAGGACAGUCUUGCACGGUUUCGUCAAACUGGUGUCCAUGGUCCUUCGGUGGGAGUGGGUCGGUCCGUGGCUUGCAGAUACGGAGAGUAGGGAUGAUGGCUUCAAGUUGCCAGAGUAUGCGGCUUUCGAAAGCUUGGACGAGAAAGCGCUGUGAUUGUCAUGCCAUCAGGCUUCUAAUGUAUAGAUAUGGGUAUCUCAGUCAUUACAACCUUUAACGUAAAACUAUAUAAUCGAAUGGAAAG